UGUGCUAGGCAAGGUGCUGAGUCCAUGUCUUCAGACCUCCCAUCUUCAGCAGUCCUGCCUGGCUGCUGUGCCCAUGCUGCUGGGCUCAGAAGCUGCCCCCAGUGAGGCCCAGCUCUGCUUCAUGGUCCCAGGCAGUGCUGAGCCAUCCCUUCAAGUUCAGCCCUCUCCUCUGAGCCCUUUGCUGUGGAAGGGGCUGUGUCCUCCUCUCUCCACCAGCCCUGCCUCUGUGAUCUGGGAAAGAGCAGAGUUUGCAGAUCUGCUUGCAACAGCUCAGUAGGUAAAGAACUCAAACUGGGACAACAGCAGGACCCCAUCCUACUGCUGAUCCCUGGGGCACCUCCCAACCUCCUACAGACAUUCCUGCCCACAACAUUUCACCCCUCUGUGGGCUCUGAGUGCCGUCAGCUAUGGUAGGACUCUGGGGGAUUCCAGGCAGGUGGAGCUCAGUUAUGUGGCAGGAGCCGGAGGUUAGGAUUGAGGUGUGGAGAGUGGACAGGAGAGGGCUGGAGGUCGUUUAGUCUUCCCAGGUCACUGCCUUUGUUAUCUGAGCCAGGAGAGAUUGAAGGACAAAGCCUGGGCAGGAACCACCCUGCCAAAGGUCAGGAACGGGGGAUGAAAUCUCUGCAUAAGUACUGGAGUGUCUCAGCACCCCCAGCACAGAACCUGGGGUCACAGCAGAGGUAUUAGAGGUCUGAUCUUGACCAUGGCAAGAGCUGGGGGUUUGAGGGCCCCUCUCAUUCCUUGCUCUAGUUGAGCAUUGGGUGUUGGGAGGUGCUGGCGGUGUCAGGGGCUGCCAUGAGCCAGGCAGGAUCUCUGUGUUUGAUCUCCUGGGCUCAGGUGCUUCUGUAUUUCCUAGGCAACAGCAGUGACCUCUUCCUCCACCAGCAUGGCCUCACAGAACAACUCAGACAAGAGCUGGGAGGAGAAGGAGCACCAAGUGAACAAGAUGGAGCAGCCAAAGUGCAGCCCCAAGAAAGAGGCGGAGGAAGAGAACAACAUAGAGGAUAUUGAUGAGAAUGAUGACUAUGAUGAUGUUGUCUGUAAGGAGGAAGAGGACGAUGAGGAUGCAUAUCACCAAGAUGAUGAAGAGCGGGAGGGGCACUGUCUCAUCCACACCAGAGAGAAGCUGUUCUCCUGUGCUGAGUGUGGCAAGAGCUUCACCUACAGAUCUGCCCUCACCAUCCACCAGUGCUCACACACCGGUGAGAAGCCCUUCACCUGUGCUGACUGUGGCCAGAGCUUCAGCUGCAGAUCUAAUCUCACCACCCACCAGCGCACACACACGGGUGAGAAGCCCUUCACCUGUGCUGACUGCGGCAAGACUUUCAGUCAGAGCUCCAACCUCUCCCGGCACCUCCUCACACACACUGGUGAGAAGGUUUCCUGUCCUGACUGCGGCAAGGCUUUCACCCGCAGCUCCACCCUCAACAACCAUCGCCGGAUCCACAGCAGAGAGAAGCUCUUCCCCUGUACAGAGUGUGGCAAGAUCUUCACCUUGAGCACCGCACUGCUCCGGCACCACCUCAUCCACAGCGGCGAGAGGCCAUACAGCUGCACUGACUGUGGCAAGAGUUUCAGCCACAGUUCCACCUUCACUCUCCACUGCCACACCCACACUGGUGAGAAGCCUUUUACCUGCGCUGAGUGUGGCAAGAGCUUCAGGCAGAAAUCAACUCUCACUCUUCACCGACGCACACACACUGGUGAGAAGCUACACACCUGUGGUGACUGCAGCAAGAGUUUUGCUCACAAGGCCUCUUUCACCAUACAUUGUCGUGUCCACACUGGGGAGAAGCCCUUCACCUGCAGUGACUGCAGCAAGAGUUUCACUCACAAGUCCUCUCUCACUGCACACCGUCGUGUCCACACUGAUGAGAAGCCCUUCACCUGCAGUGACUGCAGCAAGAGUUUCACUCACAAGUCCUCUCUCAGCACACACCAUCAUGUCCACACUGGUAGGAAGCCCUACAGCUGUGCUGACUGUGGCAAGAGGUUCAAGAGCAGCUCUAAUCUAACUCAGCACUGCCACAUCCAUGCUGCUGACCAGCCCACACUGGAGGCAGUCACAAAUAGACCCACCCUGGGUCCUUUGAGGUAAUUGGGUCAACCCCAAGAGGGCUGUUCUAGCAGGUAAAACCAAAAUCACCUCUUUUGGACCUGUAUUUCUCAGAGGCUGGGGGCUCCAGCAGCAACAACCUCUGCCCUUCUACCCUUCUAAACACCAAUUAGUGGUGAUGAGAGUAAUUACACUGAUAAGUUGGCACAGCUAUGCUGAGCUUUGCUGUGAUUUAUCUGGUUCUCCAAUGCUUUGGGUCUCCCUGGGUUAAAAACCAACCUGUCCCUUGCCCAGGUGUGAAUAAUAACUGAAGUUACCCAAAUUCUGUCUUUUUCAAUUUUAGUUGGGACUUUUCUUCCCACAAUGCCCAAAUGUUGUGGACCUUUGUUCUUUUAGGAAUGGGGCUGAAGCCAUGUGCCCAGUUCAGGAAAGUCAAUGGGAGGCUGUCAGCAGAAUCUUUGAAGGGUCUCGUGGGCAUCUCAGAGGGAUUCUUUAUGGGGUGUCAAGGGAUCUUAGGUGUUUUGAGGUCUGGAGGGUUCUAGGAUUGCCUUUGGAGCAUCAUUGGAGGGGUAAGGUUGAAUCUCAGAGAGAGGUCUUUGGAAGAACUCAGAAAGCAUUUCUCAGCUUCCCACUAGGGGGCUCUGAGGCUUUCCAGCAGGCCUGGCAGUUUCUAAAGGGCUUCCCACUAGCUCAGCAAUGUUCCUGAUGGAUUCAUGCAGGCCUGGGACUUUCCUUAGGCUUUCCAUGCAUCCAGAAGUGGGAAGAGAUCUUUUUGAGUGUUUAGAAGUUUUUAGGGGCUUUAAUAGUUUUUAAACUGUGAAACUGAUGCAUUCCAACAGGUCUGAUGCUUCUGAUGGGACUCCACUGCCCAACUGUGGCACUGUAUCAUUCCAGAGUAGCUGGGCUUUGCCCUUCAGUGGCCCUGCUGACUGCCAUCUAGCCUGGGCUUCCCUUGUCAAUCCAGUUGCCCCAAGUGUCCCUGCCACCUUUCCGGCUCUCUGGAAUGCAUCAAGGGCACUGCUGGGCCAGUGGAAAUAGUGAGCAAAGCCCCAGGCUCACAGGAAGGCAGCAGAGCCUCUGUUUUGGCAGCAGAAAGCCUGACUGGGUAGCCCCAGUCUAACGGAAUGGAUAAAAGGCACUGGCAAGACAUCAGAAUUGCUGUUGGAAUCACAGGAUCCACAGUAAAGCAGCAAGGCCACUGCUGGGGCAGUGGAAAGCCCUUAUGAAUGCCUGAGCCUAUGGGAAGGCAACAAGGGGUUGAGUGGAAACCCACUCAGAAUGCCAGUGGCUGCUGUAAGUCAUCUCUGCUACUGGUGAAGCAAUGAAAAACCUGUAGGGAGCUUCAGGCCUGCUGGAAGGAAUCAGAUCCAGUGCUGAGCUUCUGCCAAGCCCAUCAGAACCUUUGGGCCUCAUGGAAUUGUGCAGGGCAAAUUUCAAAAGUCCCUGCAGUAGUCUGGCCCUGUCUGGGGGCCAAAUGCCCACCAAAGCUGCUCUCUCACUGCCCUUCUUAGAUGGAGAGGGGAAAGUGUGCGGAUGCACCGUGAGAAGGAAUAAUAAGCAUACAGAGCACUUCGACUUUGGCUCCCACAGCUGCAGACUACCUUAUCUGGGGGAAGGAUUGGUAAGUGGACAUCUAGUUAAUGAGAAAAACAAAGUGUGGUGUAUGUAAAAGACUGGGUUGUUCUUGCUAGAUUAUGCUAAUGUGCAGUGUGUGCUCUGUGCUUGAGACUACAUAAAUGGAGCCUGAACAAACAAUAAAGGUCUCUGGUAGAAUUCA